AUGUCCACCUCCUGGAAAACCAGCAACCGCACCCUCCAGAUCCUCCGCGCCGCCGAAGCCGGCCGCUACGGCGUCCUCGCCGCCAUCGCCUACAACACCGAACAGAUCCUCGGCCUCGUCCGCGCCGCCGUCCGCGCGCGCUCGCCGCUGAUCCUCCAGUUCUUCCCCUGGGCCAUCACCUACAGCGACGGGGUCCUCGUCCGCGCCGCCGCCGACGCCAUCAGGCAGCUGGCGCCCGCCGGCGCCGAGCCGGUCCCCAUCGCGAUCCACCUCGACCACGCGCAGGACGAGGCGCUGAUCCGGCGCGCGGCCGACGAGCUGCCGUUCGACAGCAUCAUGGUGGACAUGUCGCGCUUCGACCGGGACGAGAACCUGGCCAAGACGCGCGAGCUGGUGGCGUACUGUCACGAGCGGCGGAUCGCGACCGAGGCGGAGCCCGGCAGGAUCGAGGGCGGCGAGGAUGGGGUCGCGGACACGGCGGGCUUGGAGGGGAGCAUGACGACGGAGGGGGAGGUGGCGGAUUUCGUGGCGACGGGCGUGGAUGUGCUGGCGCCGGCGGUGGGCAACGUGCAUGGCGAGUAUGGCCCGGCGGGGCCGAGGCUGGAUUUUGGAAGGCUGGAUACCCUGGUGUCUCUGGCGAAGGGGAAGGUCCACAUAGCGCUGCACGGGACGAACGGCUUCGAGCCCGAGUUGAUGAAGAAGUGUAUCGCAGCGGGCGUUUCCAAGAUCAACGUUAACAGGUUGGUCCUGGAUGACUAUUCCAACCACGUGGCGGCUCAGGCGGGGAAGAUCCCGCAAACGGUCCUGAUGGAGGAGGGCACAGAAAAGGUCGUCUCGCUCACCAUGGAAUGGAUGCGGCAUUGUGGUUCGGCUGGAAAAGCUUAG